AUGACAAUCGUAGUAUCGCAUCAGAUCAUUUUAAUGUUAAGACAACAGAAAAAGGCACUUUUGAUGAUUGUUAAAUUUUCUAAGUACCAAAUUGAUAAAGACCACCCUGAAGAAGCAAACAGUAAUGGUUCAAUUAUCAAAGCUAUGCAUGUCAUUAAUGAUUAUGCUGAAUUAUUAUUUGAACCUAUUGACCCAAGUCAACCAACCAAUAAUGAAUAUCCUGAUGAACUUGAUAUAGAAGAUAAAUUUGAUACACAAAUAAUUUCAGAGCAACUCCGCUGUCAAUUAAUAGAGUUCUCUAUUACUACCAAAAACCUAUGUGAUUUAGUUAAAGCUACUAGUUAUCUUUCUCUUCAAGAAUAUUGGAAAACUCCUGAAGAAAUUGGGCUUGUAGCAUCAUUCUUGGAUCCAAGAAUUAAGCAUUUGAAGUUUCUUAUUGAGCUUGACAAGUCAUCUACUAUGUCAACUCUCAAACCUGCAACAACUAAUGACUUGAUUGCAGCUUUAUAUAGUAGCGAAAAACCUAAAGAUAAAAUUCUUAAUGAAACUGAAGUUGUCUGUUGCCUUCGUAAACCUGUUGAGAAAAUGGGCUGUAAUCCACUAGCAUGGUGA